AUGGCGGAGGAGACCCCGCGGGAAGACGCGGCGGAGACCACCUACAUCGCCCUCACCGCCCGGCUCGAGGAACAGUACAUCGAGAACCUCGCCUUCAUCGAGGCACGCGGCGGGAUAGGAGAAAACGGCUGGGGGGUCCGGGACGCCUUCCUCGACGCGGCCGACGCGGUCGCCCGCCUGAGCCCGGAUCAGCUCGCCGCGCGCGUCGCCGUCGCGCGCGCGCGGGCCGCGGCGCCCGCGCCCGCGCCGGCCGCCGCGUCGCCGGCCUUUGGCGUGCCCCCGGUAUCUGGCCGCUUUCGCGGGCUGGGAACCGCAUGGGGGCCGCGCGCGCCCGCGCCCGUCGGGGGCCAGCGCCCGUUCGCGCCGCGGCCCGUCGCUCCGCGGGCGGCGCCGGCGCCGUUCGUGCCCCAGAUCAGCUGUUCGCAGCCCGGCGUCACGGUGUCGGUCAGCCUCUGGCUCCCCGACGUCGCGCACGUCGACGUCGUCGUUCAAAGCCUCAUCCGGGGGGACGAGGCCAUGGUCGCCCUCCGUUUGACGAGCGGCGCGGUGCGGCGCUUCGGCCUCCGGCUCAGCGGCGCCCCCGCCCGGGCCUACGGCCAAGCGAAUCCCGGUCCCUCAACGCUCGUCACGAUCACAUUCGUCAAGCAGCGCCGCGAGAUCGCCUGGCCGGAACCGCUCGCCGUGGUCAUCCCGCACGACGGAGCAUCUCAUCCGCGGACCGCCGAUGAGAUGCUCGCCGAGGCCAUGGCGCCCGCGCCCGCGCCCGCGCCGGCCGCGCCGCCGCCCCCCGGCCGCGGCAAGGACAUCGCCGCGCUCAGGCGGUCCAUCUCGGCCGCCGACGACGUCGAGGUCCUGCCGCCGCCGGCGCCGGCGCCGGCCCCGCCGCGGACGCCGGGCGCGCCGGCGCCCGCGCCGACGCUCGUCGUCACGCCCGCGGCGCCCGCGCCCGCGCCGGCGGACGAUGAUGAUGGUGUUGAAAUGCACGUCAUGACGCCGGAGAUGCUUAAAAAAAGACGCUUCGACGAGGCCAUCGCCAACGGCGAGGUCAUCGAGAUUCCCUCCGACGACGACGAGGCGCCCCAGGUCGCGCCGGACGCGGCGACGCAGGCUAGGCUCGACGCGGCCGCGGAGCAGCGGCGCCAGAUCGAAGAACGGAAGCGGCAACGCACGGAGAGCGCCUUCACCGAGGCCCGCGUGGCGCAGUACAUCCGAGACCACCGCUUCUUCCCCGUGAGCACGCUGACGGCGAAAUGUAGGGCAGCCGGGCUCAAGGUCAGCGGCAAGAAGAACGAGCUCGUCGCGCGCCUGGCGCUGUGGCACGGGUUGCGGAUCUUCGACGGCCCGCGGACGCGGCGCCACCGCGACCGCGUGGCGCGCCUCGCGGACGACCUGGACCGGUUUUUGGCCGCGCAUCCGGCGCCGGGGGACGAGGGGCGGGGCUACUAUCCGAUGCCGGGGCCGUAUGGUAUGGCGGCAGAUUACUAAGCUUGUAUCACUAGG